CCCGUACGCACGCAGCUCUAUCUCUCGCCAAUUCAAAAAGAGAAAAAAAAACCCCCUCUAUCUCUCGCCGCAGAUGGCGAACAGCUAACCCUAGCCGCCGCCACUGCACCGGCGCCUCCCCCGCCCCACUGACUGGCUUCCUAGGGCUGCCCUCCGCCCGCUUCUUCACCGGCGCGUUGGUCGCGACCCCGCCACCCCGCCACCCUCGCCAGCGCUGGUCCCUGCACGGACGGCACGAACGCCGCCGCCCCGUACAAGAUACUGCACCGACUCCGCAGCCCGUCCUCGUCCUAGGGCAGACCCCACCCCCGCGGCUCCGCUUUCUUAGCACUCUCGCCGUCGCGCCGCCGGGAGCCAGGCAUGACGACGCGUAUCGCGCCCGGCGUGGGCGCGAACCUCCUCGGGCAGCACUCGGCGGAGCGCAACCAGGACGCCACCACCUACGUCGGCAACCUCGACCCGCAGGUUUCCGAGGAAUUACUGUGGGAGUUGUUUGUCCAAGCAGGCCCUGUUGUUAAUGUCUAUGUCCCGAAAGACAGAGUUACAAAUCUACACCAGGGCUAUGGGUUUGUAGAAUUUAGGAGUGAGGAAGAUGCAGAUUAUGCUAUUAAGAUUUUGAACAUGCUCAAAUUGUAUGGAAAGCCAAUAAGAGUAAACAAGGCUUCCCAAGACAAGAAGAGCUUGGAUGUGGGUGCGAAUCUUUUUAUUGGCAAUCUUGAUCCGGAAGUCGAUGAGAAGCUUCUCUAUGACACCUUCAGUGCAUUUGGUGUGAUUGUGACCAACCCUAAGAUAAUGCGGGACCCUGAAACUGGAAAUUCUCGAGGGUUUGGCUUUGUGAGCUAUGACUCCUUUGAAUCAUCUGAUCAAGCUAUAGAGGCCAUGAACAACCAGCAUUUAUGUAAUCGGCCAAUCACUGUCUCAUAUGCUUACAAGAAAGACACGAAAGGAGAGCGCCAUGGCACACCAGCAGAGAGGUUGCUUGCGGCGAACAACCCAGGAUCUCAGAAGCAUAGGCCACACACAAUGUUUGCAACUGCUCCGCCAACCCAAGGGCUUCAAAACGGUGGUGUUGGUGCACCUGUGCCACGGCCUUUUGCCAAUGGGAAUGUCCCAGGACAGAUGCAACAUGUCAGACCGCCGCCGCCACCUGUUGGUCAAUACCCUCCCAUGCAGAUGCAUGGACAGCCUGCCUGGCCUGGUCCUCCACAGAAUAUGCAACAAGUACCACCUCCGAUGCAACAGCAGCUUCAAUACAGGCUUCCAGGGAUGCCCCCGCCGCCGCAAAACAUGAUGCCCCCACCGCAAAACAUGAUGCCGCCACCUCAUCACAUGGCCAGGCCGCCGCCGCCACCUCCCAAUAUGCAAGCUCCACCUAUGUGGAGGCCACCCCCACCCCCACAACAAGGUGGUGGAAUGCCGCCACCUCCAAUGUCCAUGCCACCUCCUCCACCGCCACCUUCUGGUUAAAAAUACAAAUGGGUUCCAUUUUGGGUUAAUUUGGCGCGCAGCAGUUGUAGACCAAGGGUGUUAAAAGUCUUUCAUAUAUUGUCAUGUAACUUGCAGCACUAGGAGAAUAUCAGAAUUGAGAGAAUUAGCGGACGGUGAUACAAAAUGCGUGGCUUUUGUGAUUGCAUGUACGGUACCUGCCUUGUGGGUGCUGCUGCUGUGUGCUCUGCUUAGGACAAUUAUGGACCGUGAUCUGCGCUAUCUCUUUACAUUGUUAUUACUGACAGAAUCGUGUUUUAAACAGGCCCCUGGUGAUUGACAGUUGUCGCGCAACUUUCAGCUGUUUUCAUGAAACAAGAUA